UAUCUAUAAGACUGCGAGUGACUUUUCCUAAAGAUGGGGGCAUAGUGCAGACCCACGAGACUGAUUGGCUACACUAGGCAGCGCUGAUCUGUAGUCUUUACCCGAAUACCGUUCGAAUCUCCAUCUCUAGAUAUAGUGGGGAGAACUGCUGAAGAAAAACUUCCCUUUGGUUCAGGGAACAUAGGGCGCAGACAUCUACUUAAUCAUUACAGAUCAGCUCGUCUAAAAAGUCAAUCUCUGCUGCAAAAAUGCACGGCUCUUGAUGCUGUUAUUCGCAAGGUUGAGGGGUAAUGACACUAAGUGGGAGGUUAUUCACAAAGUGGGAGGUGACGAUUACAUUUCGGUCCAAAUAAAGUAACCGUUUAAAAGCGAGAUAGCCUCUUUAAAGACCUUGUUUUGAAAACUUUCCAGUUUACUCAAGUCCCAUUGACGGCUUUAAGUAGUUUCUGUACGGAAUCACUACACGCUGAUUUUACAGUUCAUGGAGAAGAUCUGACAUUCUGAACUGGAGGAGUGGCUCUACCUUUCGUAGAUGCGCGCCGUUUUUGCAACUACAUCAUCAGGCGCUUAACGGUGAGAGUCUCAGUUUAUUAAAGGAGACUGCAUUUGUGCUGCUUUCUUCUGGUGGACAUCAUGUCUGACAAGAUUGUUGUGGUCUUUGGAGCAACAGGAGCUCAGGGAAGCUCUGUUACUAAAGCACUUCUGGAAGAUGGAACAUUCAAAGUCCGUAUUGUGUCUCGAGAUCCCAACAAGCCAGCUUGCAAAGAUCUGGAAAAACUUGGUGCUGAAGUUGUGAAAGCAGAUUUAGAUGAUGCAGAGCUACUCAAGUCUGCAGUCUGUGGAGCGCAUGCGGUUUUCCUCGUAACAAACUAUUGGGAACACCUCAGUAAGGAAAAGGAAGUCCAGCAGGGCAAGCGGUUUGCUGAUGUAGCUAAACAAGCUGGCUUACAGCAUGUCGUGUUCAGCGGUUUAGAGAACGUGUGCAAACUGACAAAUGGCAAGCUGGUUGUAGAACACUUUGACGGUAAAGGAGAAGUUGAAGAAUAUUUCCGGCAAAUUGAUGUGCCAAUGACAAGUGUCAGACUUCCUUGCUACUUUGAAAAUUUUAUGUCUUUCUUUAAACCACAGAAGUUGCCAGAUGGAAGCGGCUAUUCCCUUGCUCUGCCUCUAGGGGAUGUCCCAAUGGAUGGCAUGUCCGUUGCUGAUCUUGGACCAGUUAUAGUUAGCAUUCUGAAGUCACCUAAGAAGUAUAUUGGUAAAGACAUCGGCCUGAGCAGUGACAGACUAACCUGUAAGGAAUAUGCCAAAAUAAUCUCCAAAUACUCCGGAAAAAAUGUAAUAGAUGCUGAGAUGUCUGUUGAUGAAUAUGAAAAACAGGAUUUUCCAGGUGCUACUCCACUAGCUGGCAUGUUCAAAUUUUAUACAAUGAAUCCUGAACGUAACAUAGGCUUAACUCGAGAACUGAAUCCAAGAGUGAGAACGUUUGAGGAAUGGGUACAGCUGAACAAAGAGGUCUUUAAAGACCUCUGAAUGGUGUGGAUAUGUAUAUAAAAACAGCUUUUUAGCAUGUUCCCAAACUUUGAACUACUUGUGUAUAUGUGCAUAUAUUAAAACUAAAUCUGCCUUCAAAAAACUGAA